GCCGUACGUGAUGACGCAUCACUCUUCCUGCUGCGCGGCGUCAACCGGGUAACGUGGUAAUGUUGCUGCUCGAGAGUCUCUACUUGUAACCGGUGGUGGUGAAUUAUCAUUGUGCUGGUCUGCUGUAUCCAUCUUGAUGCAACCUUGUGUCUGAAAAUACACCAGCCUCUGAAGUGGCACGACCCUAAAACUGGGGUCAAAGAUGACUGAUCCAGAUGUUGUGACUGAGGUGCCUGCAGCUUUGAAACGUCUUGCCAAAUAUGUUAUAAGAGGAUUUUAUGGGCUGGAACAUGCACUGGCCUUGGAUAUCCUCAUUAGAAACCCCUGUGUCAAAGAGGAGGACAUGCUGGAGCUGCUGAAAUUCGACCGCAAACAACUGCGAGCAGUCUUGAACACAUUGAAAAAUGACAAAUUUAUUAAAAGUAGAAUGCGAGUUGAAACUGCUCCAGAUGGUAAAACUACAAGACACAAUUAUUACUUCAUAAACUACCGCCUUCUCGUCAACGUGGUGAAGUACAAACUUGACCACAUGAGGCGUAGGAUUGAAACUGAUGAACGCGAUUCCACCAACAGGGCCUCUUUUAAAUGUCCCACCUGUUUCAACACAUUCACAGAUCUGGAAGCAAACCAACUAUUUGACCCAAUGACAGGAACAUUCCGAUGCACCUUCUGUCACACUGAGGUGGAAGAGGAUGAAUCUGCAUUACCAAAGAAGGAUGCCAGAACACUGUUGGCAAGAUUUAAUGAACAGAUUGAACCAAUCUAUGCUCUAUUGCGAGAAACUGAAGAUGUUAAUUUGGCUUAUGAAAUCCUGGAGCCAGAACCAACAGAAAUUCCAUCGCUUAGGGCAAGUCAACGGGCACUUGGUGCUGGCAGUGGAGCUACACACCUUCAAAAAGAAUCAUGGGCAAACAAAGGGCCUACGUAUGAGGAUCUCUACACUCAGAAUGUCAUCAUUAACAUGGAAGAACAUGAUGCUCAGCAUAAAAUUGUAUCUGAUGGAAAGCCUGCUAAAGAGAGACCAAUCUGGAUGAGGGAGAGCACUGUCCGAGGAAGCUUUAAAGAUUUAGAAGAAGUGGAAGGUAAUAAUGAUGUUGACUCAUACCAUGAUCGUGAGGGGAAAGGGAAUCCAAUGGAAGCAAAUGAAGAAGUCAUGCAAACCCUGCUUAUCCAUGAAAAGAAGAGUACAUCUGCAACUGUGGCUGCAGCUGCUGCAAUCCCAACUUCAAAUGCUAGUGAUUCAGAAAGUGAUACUAGUGAAUCCGAGGAUGAAUCACCUCGGCCACAGGCACCUGCAGCGUCAUUCCCAGCAGCAGCAGCAGCAGAAGAUGAUGAAGAGUUUGAAGAAGUGGAGGAUGAGCCAAUUGUGAUGGUAGCAGGUCAGCCAUAUUCGUACAGCCAGGUCAGCCAAUGCGUUGAGCUAGUGACACAGAUGACUGCUGAAGAGAAGGAAGCAUAUAUUGCCAUGGGGCAAAGAAUGUUCCAGGAGAUGUAUGACUGACCAUUGUCACAAUACAAUAACAUUUUAAAAAUCACAAUCGUAGAUUUUCUAAGGUUUUACUAGUCAGUGUUUCCACAAUUUUAAUUGUCUCUGCCAAAUUGUUAAGAGAUAGCAUUGCUUUCUAAACAAAAUUACAGGCUGGAUUUUAGAAGUAUUUCAAAUCAUAAGUAUUAUUUUUAAGAGAUUAAAAGGAUGCAGUGCUCGAUUAAUUUUAAAGCUGUGUACUUCACAGGAUUCUUAUUUUUAUCGCAUUGUUCCCUCCUGUCUAGGUGACACUUAAAUUCAUGAAACACCCUUUGAGCCAGUAUAGUUGAAUGAGGCAGUGAUGCAUCCUGUUCAACUAAGAAAAAAUGUUUUGCUGCAUAGUGUCUUGGCCCUUGCCAAGUAGAAAUAUGACCCCCUUGUGCUCCAUUAAGCCUUGUGGAUAAUUACCGAUAAAACUUGCCCAUCUGUGACAACGGGCAAAUUUUUAAGUGUUGAACAGCAAUGGGAUUCAAGCUUGGAAGCUGUUGGUUAGAAGUUAGUAGCUUAUUCACUUGAACUACCAAAUUCAGCAGUAAAUCAUAAAAUCAACAAAAUGUUUGUCCCAUGGUACAAAAUUUGUUUUUGGUUCUUUUUAAAGAAUACUUUGUUUUAACAUUUGCAAUAAGCAAGACUGAGAGCAGACAGACUUGUUAAAACUGGGUGAGCUAUGUCACUGCAGAGGAACUGUAAAUUAAUUGUAUUUCUCAUAUUUGCAGGUAAAGCGAAUGUUGAUUGAACUUGUUAAAAUAUUUCAUUAAAUAUUAUCAAUCUAGUUGCUCCUGUGGUUCAGCACCCCCUGCCAUGCAGAACAGAAAUGUUCCAGAUUAAAUUUUCAACUGUUAUUGAGUUUGUUGAUCUUAGCUGGAACAGUAGAUAAGAUGUCUAAUUAGCUGGGGCUCUGCAGCUAAAUUAUCUGAAAAUCAGCUAAAGCUUCUGCUUCUGAUCCUGACUCAGCUGUCUCUACUGAAAGUGCAUACGUCUGGACGACAGGUGAGGAUUAGGACCAGUUGAAAUGUCCUCUGUAGUCAGACAGCUGCUAGUGUUCAGUGUCAAGGUGUGGAUACUUAGUGAUGCUUGUUAGCUUGGAAUUUUACCACUGGAAGUUAUUACCUUCAGGAAAGAAGGGGAGAAGAAUUAAUCACAUGAUUUUGUUUGAAUCUAAGCAAAAUGAGUAGCUUUUAUUUGAAAUGAAAAUAUUAUAGAGUAAUGCAGUUUUAAAAUCAGCUGGACAAGUGCCAAACCAUUGUGACUCUGUCAUAAGUAUCAGGGACAAAGCUUAAAUUCUUAGACUGUGUGAAAGUGGUCUUCAAAUGUGUUUUGCUUUCUCAAGCUCCAGCGGCAGAACUUUGUUUCAUGUUUCAAAAUAGUUCAGUCGAGUUUUAUUCUCUUGGUACCUAUGCAGCAGGUGAUUAGUGUAAAGUUAAUUUUUAAAAGUUUUAACAGAUUGAAAUACUGUACUCUAAAUUGAAAAUGCUAGAAAUACUCAGAUCAGGCAGCAUCUUUGGAGAAAAAAAAAUAAAUCUGGCACAUUUACUUGUUUUUCACUUGCUGUCUAAUCAAAUGAGCAUUACCAGCAUUUUGUACAUUAAUUUCAGAUUUCCAACAUCUGCAGUAUUUUACUAUUGUUUUAGCUAUUUUAAUUUAUCUGUUACGGAAAAAGAAAUGUACGCCUUAACCUUCUUUUGUGUGUUCCAUCAUGUUUUCACUUACAUCAGAGUCAAUGUAAUCUAAGUCUUUAUGUAACUCAUUACAGCCCAUAGCAACAUGCACCAUCUUACUGGGGAAUCUUUUUGAAUAUCAGACAAAUAUUGUAAUUGUGGAUCUGCAGUUUAGUUUUGCAGCCAGGUUAAUAUGACAGCCUAUAAAAAGUGAAAGGAAAUCUCGUCCGCUGUUAAUCUUUCCAUCUCCUGAAAUCUACACUGGUUGGGUGAAACGCAUAGAGGGUCAUGGAAAUAUACAUAAUGGAAAACUAGAACAUGUAUUUGCCAAGUCAUAACUGUUUAAUUAAUGUUAAAAAAGCUCUUCCAACAGGGAAGAGAUGACGUAUUAUAGAGUAUUGUCACAUCAUGCAAUGUAUUUUUAUUACUGUUCAUCAGUCCAGUGAAUACUUGAGAUAGAUUACAAGGCUGUAAUCUAAUUCAGAAGAUUCAGGUUAAAACUAAACUGGGAGAGAUCCCGGACUAGUGAUGUAAUCUGAAUCCUGGAAACACGUCUUCAAAUUAGCACCUUACUGACUGUUUGUUUGUUUUUGUAUCAUCUAUUCUAAACAAGUUAAUUUCUAUGUGAAACUAGGUCAUUUUCUGAAGCUGGUAAUGCGUUUUGUCUUAUGAUGCAUGAUAAUCAUAAAAAGGCACUGAUGCCACUUCUACCAGUUUCUAAGAAACUCUUGGUGGAUUGCAAGGAAGCAUUCUUUUCUGAUCUUAUAAAUAGUUAUGCCUGUGUAGUGAACUGUAUGUUGCUCUUUUCAUGCAUGAACCAGCCACUGUUAAGUGCUGUUAGCAAAGCAAUAUUUAUUGUAUGGGUGUCUAAACUUAGUGAUUUGCAGACAACUAUUAUUGUUUCCAUUUGUCAUAAAUAUUAGAUGUGAAGGGUAAUAUUCAGCCUAUCCCUUUUAAUUCAAUGGUUAAGUCAAAUUCUUCAAUGAUUAAAUUUCUUUUGCAAUAAAUAACAAUUUUGUAUCAUAUAUAUGUAUUUAAUUGGAUAUUACUGAAUUGUUCAUUCUUUCACACAAAAUUUUCUUUCAAGUUAGUUUUCCACUGUUGCCAUCCAUGGAAUAAAUCAGUUCCAUUGCUAUUUUUCUAUGAUUCUUUCACUAGUGUACAGAAGUACCAAAUAGUCCAUUGGUGCUAUUCUAAUAUCAACAUAUUGUGAGCUUAAUGCCGAAAGGGAAUAAAAACUGCAUGGAAUUAUUUAACAAUUGCUGAUUAUUCAAUUAACUGAUCAAUGCCUCUGAUCUAUAUUUUUGAGGGGAAGAAAUCUAGACCAGGCAAGAAUUAAGAAUCCAGGCAAGUCUGAUGGGCACUGGAAAUUUUGAGUCUACUGGAGUAUGUAGAUUACCUACUAGCAGCAUCCAGUGGCAGACAUCAAGUACUGCAGUGACAAAGUACAUUGCUGCUCUUCACUGCAGUUGUGGGUUUUACACAAAUUGAAUACAUGUCACAAAGUCAAUUGAAAUUUUUUUUAUGCAGCUAAAUUGAAUGCCUUAGUCUCAUUCCAAUAAAAAUUGGCCCUAAUACUGUGCAUGCAGAAUACAAUUUUAGAUUGUACCAUAUUAUCAAAUGAAUAAAUGUAAGCAGCUAGUUUUAAGAUCAUAAAAGCAGAUUUCUGUCUUCCUUCCUGAUAGAAAAAAUGAAAUGUAACACUCAGUCCACAUCACUGGAAAUGCAUUCUGACAAAAAAUUGUUGGAAAUACUCAACAGGACUGGCUGCAUCUCUGAAGAAUGAAACAGAAUUAUGGUUUCAGAUUUUCUCAAACAUGACUUCUCUAUUUUUUUCAAACAGCACUAUAGAAUGAAACUGAAUCAAUUUCAGUUGUGCUUACUCUUGUGCUUAAACAUGAUUUACCAUUAUAGAUGUACAUGGAUCCAAGAGAAUUGAAAACUUAUUUGGACUAUUGGGUGUGUAGUUUCUUCUUAAUGUGCAAGCCAGAAGACUUGUCCUGCUAUAUAACUCCUCCAUGUACAAAAUCAUUGUUUACAACUGUACUAGAUUAUCGGGGAAAGGAUACAUACUAAAACAUUGUACAUUCUCAGGCAGGAAAUAAAUAAAGGACCCAUUUGAAAAAGAUCUGGGGAAAAGAGACUACUUCCUAACUUCACCUCAUGUCCAAAAUCAUUAAUAAAUUGUAACUCAGUUUAAUGUUAAUGUCAUCAGAACUGGUAAAUUAUUCACACUUAAAAAUGAAAUUGUGCUAUUUAAGAAAAUAUCCUUUUAGAACCAAAACCAUAACCAGUGUAUUUUACUUGGUGCUUUUUAUUCAGUUUUAUUUGUUUUUAUUUGGAAAUAAAUGUUUUGCAUUA